AUGAUAAAAUGGAUUUAGCAGACUAUUAAUAUUAAUCAAGUAAAAUAACGUAAUAAAGUUAAGCAAGUUAACUUAUCAAUACAAUAUGAGGAAUCAGUUAGAUUCAUAGCCCCAAACAAUAUAAUGUUUUUAAUUAAAGCUUAGGAUCAAGGCUUAAUUAAUAAAACCAAAGAUAAAGUACAGAUUUUUUUUCUAUCAAUUAUAGUUAUUAUAUUUGAUUUGAUAAUUAAAUUGAGAAUCAAAUUUAAAAAGUUUUAUAAAAUUAUGGAGGAAUGA